GAAGCACCAGACCUGAAGCAACAAGGAGGUUUCAGUUUGUGUAGACCUCAAAAACCUACACAUAUAUCUGCUUUGAUUUUACUUUAUUACGCUCGGGCGCUUUUUUUUUAAAAUAACAUGUCUUCGUUCAGGAAAGCGCUGAAAUCCCGACAGAGAAACCACCAUGAAAGAUCUCAGCCUGGCUCCAGGAAGCAUUUGGGGUUGCUGGAGAAGAAGAAAGACUACAAACUCCGUGCAGAUGACUACCACAAGAAGCAAAACACCCUCGCUGCUCUGCGAAAGAAAGCUCUGGAGAAGAAUCCAGAUGAGUUUUACUUCAACAUGAUCAACUCAUCACUGCAGGAUGGUGUUCACGUAGCAAAAAAAUCCAAGGAUGAGGUGGAGGUGACAGAGGAGCAGAAAAAAGUGAUGAGGACGCAGGAUAUCAGAUAUAUAGAGAUGAAAAGGGUCGCGGAGGCUAAGAAAAUUGAGAGGCUGAAAGGAGAGCUCCAUCUUCUGGAUGCUGACAGCAAACAAAAAAACAAGCACACAUUUUUUGUGGAUUCCAAGAAGGAAGUUGAAUCUUUUGACCUGGCAAAACACCUCAACACAGCUCCUGAGCUGGUGGACAGAGUGUACAACAGACCGACUCUGAAAACCCUGGAGACUAAGAGCAUCCAGGGAGCGGCAGACCCUCGCAGUGUGAUGAAGCUGGCCAAGCAGAGGAAGCACCAGUAUAAGAUCCUUUCCCAGAGGAUCGACAGAGAAAAGAAAAUGUUUGUCAUCAGCCAGAAGAUCCAGACACGCAAGGAUCUACAGGAUAAGACAAAGAAAGUGAAGGUAAAAAAGGAGACACCCAGUGCUGCAGCUGUUUACAAGUUUGAGGCCAAGAGGAAACGCUGAGAGGGGAGUAAUCAUAAUACAGGGAAGAAAUCGCCAACUUUGCCAAGGAGAUACUGAUGACAUAACGGACUUCUAGGCCAUACCAUGAUUGCAGACAUGGGAUAAUUUUUCUUUUCCUCAGAUACUGUUGCAGCAAUGCAGUUUUGUACAUAUUUAUCUAAGACUUUUAGUUUCUUUCAAAUAAAUAUCGGACGAACA